AUGAAACUAGCUAUUCUAGUUUCAAUUGUUUUUGGUAAGUUAUAAAGGUUUUUCAGGAAGCCGUGCUUAGAAUUGUCGAGGAUCAGCGCCAAGAGAACCUAAUUGUCUAGGACUCACAUCUAGAUAGCCAGUUUGGCAAGGAGCCGCGUCUUGAGAGCUACUAUUCCAAGUAGCCGCGCCUACAAAUCCUAGAUGUCAAGGAGUAGCGCCUUGAGAGCUAUUAUUCCAAGUAGCCGAGCUUAAAAAUCCUAGAUGUCAAGUAGCCGAGCCUAGAAUUCCUAGUUCUCAAGAAGCCGCGCCUAUCAAAUCUACUUGUCAAGGACCAGCGCCUAGAGAACCUACGUAGCCUCGCAGAAAAAAAUUCAAUUGUCUAAGACCCAACCCUAGAGAACCACUUUGACGUCAAAGUGGAAUGUCAUGACAAGGAGUCGCGCCUUGAGAGAUUCAAUGCCAAGUGGCUGAACCUUGAGAUUCUAGUUUUCAAGGAUCAGCGCCUAGAGAACCUGGGUAUCUUACUAAAUUACAACCUAACCUUCAGCUUUCGCUUCUGCUGACAGCUCAAUCUGUGUCACCCGAACCUUCCAAUACUGUCAACAAGUCUUCGGCGAAUCUCUAAACGUCUCCCAAGGAUCAGACCUCUGGAACAAUCCAGCCACAUUCAACUACAUAAUCCAAUCAUACUACAAAAAAGGUGUCGACGGUUUGUUGGCAGUCUGCCAAGCUCGCCAACAAUUCUACACAUGUUUGGGAGAUGCCUAUGACAUGUGUAUUUCAGUAAACAACUUUAUUUCAAACGGAAAAACUCCAAGUGAUGCCAAAAGUUUUGUAGGGAAUUUGAGAGUUUUGGAAUUCGAUUGUGACGGCGGAUUUAUUCGUAAGAGAAACUUCGGGGAAAUUUUGAAUUCAGAAGAAAAUUUCAGAAUCAUCGAAACAUUUCGAUUGUAUCAAUUUGGCGACUCAAACAAAAAUAACAGAUCUUUCAAAUUGCUGGACAUCCUAUCAAAAUGACUUGAAAAAUCUCGUAAGAACACGGGGAGAUUUUAGUAUAUAUUUGAGAUUUUUCAGGUUCCAUCGUGUAACGCAGCCACAACAAUGGUAAAUUGUUUGAGCUCAGUUUAUCAAAAUGUUUGCGGCUCUGAGGUAAGCUAAAACUUUUCUCAAAAAAAAAAUCCCCAUGAUUUUUUUCUUGUUAGACUUCAUGGUGGGAAUGUGAGCGCACUCGCCUCGGUCAACUCUUAGAUCAAACUUGUCCAGCAAUCAGCUGUCAACUUGGAGCGCCAUCCCAACUUAGCGGAACUCGUGCCUCCCGCGUGGCUCAAGUCUUCAAUCAUCAACCCGAUAUUUCUCGAGUCAUCAAAUCACUUGUCAACAAAAAUUAA